AUGGGUGGUAUUCCAUGGACUACUGAAGAGGAUCAGUUGCUCAGGAAAUGCAUAGAGAAGAAUGGAGAAGGCAAAUGGCAUCAAAUUCCUCACUUAGCCGGUCUAAACAGGUGCCGUAAGAGCUGCAGGCUGCGGUGGCUGAACUACCUUCGGCCAAACAUCAAGAGAGGGAGCUUUGAGCAAGAGGAAGUGGAGCUCAUCAUCAAGCUCCAAAGGCUCUUGGGAAACAGGUGGUCACUAGUUGCAGCCAGGCUUCCAGGAAGAACUGGUAAUGAUGUGAAGAACUAUUGGAACUGUCACUUGAGCAAGAAGUUAAAUGCUCAAGAACCUCAUGAUGAUCAUCAGAAGAUUAAUCAUGCAAGGAAUAAUAAUGUAAAAGUCCGAAGGCCCCAACCUUCAAAACAUGGCAGCUCAAAUUCAAAAAGGCCAAUGAUAAGUGGUACUCUUGAGGAUCAGACUUGCCAAGUCAUGGAAGAAAGUAUCAGAUCUUCAAUGGCAAUGCUGUGCAAUACUGAUAAAGACCAAGUGCACAUCGGUGAGAUGAUUGAGAGAGAGGAUAGCAACAAUCCAUGUGUGGAAGAAGAACAUGAGGGUAACAGUGACUUUAUGGGUGAUUUGGGGAUGGUAGGCUUUGAUCAGUUUGAACAAGUUAUAGAGCAAUAUGAUCAAGAUGUCAACAACAACAACAACAACAACAACAACAACAACAGAUGGGAGUGGGAUGACUCCAUCUUGGAUAUGGAUAUUUGGAUUUCUGAUUCUUAA